AUGAUCCCAGCUUGUUUCAGCCAACCCAACACACCUUCAAGCUCAAGCACCACUCAAGUGCCCCAAAAUCUAGUUACCUGCAUAUACCAGACUCAACUUUGCAACUCCCCCACCUACCUCACCCUUACCUGGUUCAGAACCCAUCUGUCUCACUCCUUAACCAUUUACGCCCCUCACACCUUCUCCAUCACCAUAACUCUCAACCCUUCAACCUUCUCCUUCUUCCGAACUCGACCAGGAUCCAAAUCCAUCUACCUCACACGCCCCCACAAACGUUCUCAGAAAAUCAAACUUCACUGGGACUUCUCUGAAGCACUCUUUAUUACUAGAAACUCGGCCGAGCCUGAGUCAUGCUUCUACCUUGCAAUCUGUUGCAAUGGCAGGGUUGAAUUCUUUCUGGGUGACCUUUUUCUUAUUCUUUCCAUGCAGCUUUCAACUCGCCAACCAAGCGACCAAAAUCUUGUGUCCAGAAGAGAGCAUGUGUUUGGAAGCACGAGUUACGUGUCAAAGGGUGAGUUCAUGGGUUCCAAACGUGAAAUAGAGAUUGAAUUAUGCAGUGGAGAAGUGCUGAGAGUGAAAGUGGAUGGUCAGGUUUGCUUGGUGGUGAAAAGGCUGGCGUGGAAAUUCAGAGGCAACGAGAAAAUUUUCAUUGAUGGCGUUGAAGUAGAGUUCUACUGGGACGUGUUGAGUUGGGUGGUUGAUAGUGAAAAUGGCAAUGGCUAUGGUGUUUUUGUGUUUCAAGUAGGCGAUGGUGGCACCGUGUGGCCUGAAAUGGUGGGGCCAGAGAAGAAGUUGAUGAAGAAGAGGUUGGUGGGACAUAUGGGGCAGUCGGUUGCUACACUGUCUCCGUCGAGCUCUGGUGUGUUGCAGUGGACGGAGGAGAGCAGUGAUGGAGAGAGGAGCUCGUGCUCUUCAUCGACCAGGUCGUGUGGGAAUAGUAACGUUGGCUUCUCUUUGUUGCUCUAUGCUUGGAGGAGAGACUGA